UUUCCUUUCUGCACCACACACACUCACACACACACGCAGAGAGAGAAUACAGUGUUUGAAUGGGUAAGGGAUAAACAAAGGGCAAACAAUGCGGCACAGUGGUCGAAUAAAGAAACAGAGGACAUCUGAUUGAGCUGUGUUUACCUCAGGAGCCGCUUAAUAAUGUCAUUUAACUCAGACACGAAGCAGAUGGCGGAAGUGAGACAUACGGUAUGCGUGCGAGGGCUUCCCGCCGAUAUGGAGCGCGAGCGGCUAGAAGAUAAGCUUAUGAUCCAUUUUCUGCGCGAGCGGAACGGAGGAGGAGAGAUCUCAUCCAUCAGCAUUAAGGCAGCAGAUCCAUGUGCCGUCAUCACGUUUGAAGAUAGCCGAGUUGCUGUCAAUGUGUGCAGUCAUAGUCCACACAUUUUAGAGGUGGAUGGAAAGCUGUAUGACCUUUCUUUGAGUUUUCCUGGGCAGGAGUCAAUGCACCUAAACAAGGCCAUACUUGAUAUGUCUGUGACAAUAGAUUGCAAGCGCUUGCCAUUGGGUGAAAAAACUAUAAAAACUAUCACUGAACAAUUUCCAGAUCUCACUGUUAAUUACAUUAAGCCUCAGAGGCACUGCACCCUAAAAGGAUGCUAUACGGAGGUUAAAGAAGUGGUAUCAUACUUGACAGAGCUUCUUGUAGACUUUGAACCUCCACAUGAGGAAAGUGAUAGAGUCCAUUUACAUCAUAAAGAAAAAGACGACCCUUCAGACCAAUCCCAUGGACCUCACUUUGGUGGAGAUGUUUCUUUGCAUCACGAAUAUUCAAAUGUAAACGGUGUAAAAGAAUCACAGGCACAAACACACUCUGAUGAGAAGUUAAAAGACUGGGUAGAUGCAGUAAGUGUGGAGGCACUUUCCUUAAUUAUGGAGGCAGAUGUAUUUGCAUAUCUAUGCAACAGAAGUGAGAAGUACCAGAGUAUAUUGCAAAACCAUGGCGUCCAUGUGGUUGAUGUCACAUCUGCAGGGGUCACCACACUGUAUUUGCAAUCCAAUGCAAACGGCAAAACUGGGUCAAAAGCAGAAAAACACCUAAACCUUGCCCGCAAAGAGCUAAGUCAACUUUACCAGCAGGUGGAGGGUAAUUUGAGAAGAACUCAGAUUCCAAGAAGUGCCCUUCACCUGGAUGGAGAACAAACUGCAGCAUUUAGGGACGUAGAGUCAAUACUGCCCAAAGUGCUCAUCAGCUAUGAUCAGACCCAUGUUUAUAUUGUAGGUGAGAGCAGUGAAGUCUCCCAGGCCAAACAGAUCCUGCAGUUUGGUUCCCCUAAUGAGAAUUUAAGUGCAAAGCAAGAAAUCUCAUUUCCAUCAUCUCCUUCGAGCUCCUACAUCCCAGUUGCUGAAUCAGAGACAAUGCAGAUGGUUGUAGUAAAUAGUGAAAGCAGUACAAUUACCCCUAAAAUGAGAGUCUCUGAUGCUGAGAGAGGAGUAAGGACUGGGGAGGAAUACAGACUGGCUGCUCGAUUUAAGAACUCUGACAUGGGCUUACUGGGGUUUGGCCAUAUAGAAAGAGGAAGAUCAAAAGAGUGCCAAGAUUUAACCAAACCCAUUCAAACAUUACCACUGGGAUCAAAUUCCGGACCAAAUCUAUCCACAAAUUCUUCAAUUGUUAAUGCAGUUGCAGUCAAUAGUGACCAAAACAGGACUUCUCAGUUUGGUGCUUUUAAAUACACUGGUGUAAAUAAUGUGGAAGAUGAUAUCGUGUUUCAGACACCAUCCCUUACAGGCACAUUGAAAAACAGUGGUCAGGUCUCAAACAGAGACAAAACAAAUUCUGUAACUGUUACCUCCCGAGUGGCACCUACAUUCAUAACUCCACUUAACACACCUGUGAAUGAUCUUACACGGCUUGAGAAACUGCCUACAGGACCUACAAUAGACUCUACACCCACCUCUACUUCUUCCUUACGAAGGGCAAAUAGUUUUUCAGGCCAGCUAUUACAAAAACAGAUGAUACCGAAGACUGUAACUGACGAGAAGUCAUGUCUUGCAACAAAUUCUUUUAGGAGACCCAGAUCCAGUAGCCUAAAUAGGAUGUCUGCACAGGCACUUAAAAGCAGCACUGUAUCAAAGGACAUCAUUGUACCUACACUCAGAUGGAGUUAUAUAAAAGAGGCUUACCAGUCUGAUCUAAAGUCUCUGCUUUCUGAUUUCCAAGUGUCAGAGAACCACAUAGACAAGUCUAAGACCAUGGUUACUCUUAAGGGAUCAGCAUCAUCCAAGGUUGAAGAAUGUCAGCAUGAGCUUCAAAAGCUAGUUGAUGGGAUAGGUUCAGACUUUUGUGUCCAAAAUCUUAAACUGGCAGAUCUUGGUGUGACUGAAGGCAAUGAUAUGUUGAAGGAAUGUUGCUUGAACAUACGCUCACACUUCAGCAAAAUUGUACUGCAGUAUGUAAAGGAUGCCGUUUUUCUGAUGGGACCUAAAUCUCAGUGUUUUCAAGCCAUUGAAAUGCUAAAAGAAUUGUUUACUAAUGGAUUAUCUCAUUCUCAAUCUUUGGUCAAUACCUAUGCCCAUCACGGGAGUAUAGAUCCAAGUCAAGCAAAUGCAUUAGCUAACCAGACACUAAUUAAAAGCAGUGGUCAGAUUAGACCAUAUCAGACCAAAGCUAAUAGUCAGACUGCUGCAAAGGACAGACUAAAAGGAUGCAAAUUUGAGUCAGUGAGUGCAAGUUAUGUGCAAUCACCAAAGCUAGUGGCCAAGGAUACACUUAAAAAAGCUUCAGAUUUGGAAAUAUGCAAGACCAGCCUAUUACCUGGCAAAUUUUCUGAGAUAAGUGGAGUGCCGCUGGGACCGAGGGAUGACUGGCAGAAGCCUUCAUCACUCACAGUCCAGAAAAGCCAAAAAGCAACUACUCUGCCUUUGAAACAGACCAACUUCCCAGUCUGUAAACAGUUGGGAACGUGUGUGUGUGGAGAGAAUGGUACACCAACAAGCUGUGGUGUUGUUCUCUGCUCCAACUGUACUCUACUUCAUGCUCAGUGUACAGAAUGCACUAGAAUGAAUGAAGGCAGAAAAGCUUCAAAGGAAACGCAAGUUCAUCCACUCAAAGAGGAUCAGAAUACAGAAGAGCUCAAAGCAAAAGAGGCUGGCAAAAGACCAAAACAGGAACAAGGCAUUCAAGGUACAAUGAGGUGUACGGAGUUGUCAGUGAAGCUGCCAGGCUUUGAGCAAUACAGAACAGUCAAGAUUACCUACUCCAUACCUGACGGCAUUCAGGGAGAGGAACAUGCUAACCCUGGACUACCAUUUCAAGGAGGUGUAUUUGAUGCCUAUUUGCCACUCGUUUCAAAGGGGCAAGGCUUAUUGAAAUGCCUUGAGAAAGCAUUUAAACAAGGGUUUACCUUUACCAUUUCCCCAGGAGAUAAAAUAACAUGGAGCAGAAUCCCACACAAGACCAAAAUCACAGGAGGCAGGAGUGGGAAUGGAUAUCCUGACUCAACAUAUCUUAAAGACUUGUCUGAGGCAUUAAGGGCUUGCGGGAUUGAGGUGGUUUAACUGACAAUAAAGUGAAAGUUUGAUAUCUUGACUUCAAUCGCAACCCCAGGCUUAUGUUUUUAUAAUAACAUUUAUUUAAAAUCACAGUUUCAAAGAAUGUAUGGUCAAGUCAUAAUCACUAUUGCAUAGUUCAGUAUUAAGAGAAAAUUUUAAUGGUUGAGCACCUGUGAAUUUUUUUAUUUUUUAUGAUUUUCUUGUAGUUAAUAUUUCUUAUGGUCUUAAUUGUUUAGUGACCAGUAAGUAAUUAUUUUUGUAUUAUAUUGUAUCAUUUAAAUGAUUAUAUCAUCUGAAGGUAAUUUUAUACUAUUAUAAUAAACUCAUUUUUAUAACUGAAAUCAAAUUUUUAAGAACU